GCAUCUGUCACCUAGACCCACCAUCAUGCCCAAUGCUAAUCUGGUGCUACAUCAACGAUAGCCACCAGGCAUUAUUCGCUGACAAUGCUCAUACCCUCUAUACCUGUCCGACAUAAAUCGGCAGCCCAAGUCACGGCCCAGAACUAACAUUGGUGCAAGGGUCCAAAGCUGAGUUAGUCCAGUCAGCCCUUGGCUGACAGGUGGAUAGCUCCACAAACCAACACUCCACAACUGAUCCAGCAGCCAUGGUUGGGUAACACGACCUAGCUUAUUUGUGGAGACACCGCGCACGGAAACAUUCAGCACAGUCGUAACUCAACAAGUAACCCAUGGAUAGGAUACGACAUGUCGGGCCUGAGCUGCUCAGCCGGUAUAUGAACCGCGGCCGCCCCUCCCGUGUUCUGUGACAUGAACGGUGCUCGCCAUCUGUCGUUAACUUGCGUCAUGGCAUACGGGUAUGAGAAUGAUAAUGCACGCCUGUCUGGCUCAGUCGUGGGGGAAUAUCCGCCCAAAGCUGACGUGCGGUCGAUGAUCGCCCGCCAUCCGCUUCCUACCGUCGCUCCCGGAACGAUCGACCCUGUUACCGUGGCUGGCGAUGAGUCGACCAAUAAUCAUGUUCGGCACGUGUUGGAUCGCUUCAAUGCUGCGCUAGUCAACAAGGACGCGAAGGUUCUUGAGGGUUUUUUUGCAGAUCAGGCAUACUGGAGGGAUGAAUUGGCGUUUACCUACCACCUUCGCACAUUCUCCGCCCCGGAUACCAUUGCAGCGGCUCUCUUGGAGACUGCGGCUCUCCGGGGAGUUGUAGGGGGGGUGUCCGUUGAUGGUGCAGCGCAGUUUGUUCCGACUUCACCGACGUUGCAAUUUAUCGAGUGUGGAGUCGUCUUUCGAACGGCGGCCCCAGGUGCCAUCUGCAAGGGAAAGGUGGUGCUCUUGCCGGUGAAAAGGGAUAGUAGUGACGAUAUUGAGUGGAAGAUCUGGGUCUUGGUCACCGUGCUCGAUAGUCUGGAUGUUCAUCCAGAGGAUGAGUCGUUGCUCCAAUGUCCUGGGAGGUCAUUCGAUGGGUUGGAGACAUUUGAAACGGACGUGUUUAUCAUCGGAGGCGGAAAUGCCGCUAUCGCUCUCGCUGCACGACUCAAGGCACUCGGCGUGGAGAGCGUCAUGGCCGAGCGAAAUGCCGUCAUGGGCAACAAUUGGGACCUCCGUUAUGAUUCCCUGCACUUCCAUAUUCCGGCUUCGUCUUGUGAUUUGCCCUUCUUACGCUAUGAAGAGCAUCUUCGAGGACAACAUUUCCUCACCAAGGACGAGUUGGCGUCGCAGGUCAGACGAUAUGUUGCGGCCUUCAACCUCAACUGCAUCACUUCAGCCCAGAUCCAGUCGACAUACUAUGAUCUCUCGGCCCAGCGAUGGAAGAUCCGAUUCCAAACCCCGGCGGGCCAACGCACGGCGGUCGCCAAACACCUCGUUCUUGCCAAGGGACACGGAUCUCAAAAGCCCCGGACCCCGGUCAUUGCAGACAGUCACCUAUAUCAGGGCAUCAGUAUCCACUCUGUGCAGUACCGCAAUGCCAAACAGCUGCGGACGCAGGGGGCCAAGUCUGUCAUAGUGGUCGGAUCUGCAAAUACCGCUUUCGAUGUAAUAGAGAACUGCCACGCUGCCGGACUCCGCACGACAAUGGUAGCCCGAUCUCCGACGCAUAUGAUUCCAGUGGACCACAUCUGUCACCCGCUCUGUCUCGGGUCCUAUGAAUUUGGCGUCGAGGCCGCGGACUGGCAUUUCCUCGCGUUUCCAUUAACCGUUCGAGGUCAGCUCGCCAACCAGGUGCUCAAGCAGUUGGCGAGCCAAGAACCGCAUCGCUACGACGCACUCGCAGCAACCGGCUUUGAUUUCAUGGACGGCAACCAUCCGGACGCAUCCUUGGUGCAUACCCUCUAUGAACGGGGAGGCGGUCACUAUGUAGAUAUGGGCGGCACCAAGCUACUAGCGGACGGCAAAGUCGCCCUCAAAGCCGGUGUUCAGCCGAUCGCGUACACUGCCACGGGUUUACAGUUCUCGGACUCCAGCCGUAUAGACGCCGAUGCCGUAGUGUGGUGUACGGGAUUUUCGGACCUCAAUGCGCGCGAUACCAUUGUAGAGACUUUGGGCGACGAUGAAACAGAAGAUAACAAGCAGGUGCUUGGUCCUCAUGCCAUAGCUGCUCGGAUGGAUGCCACCUGGGGCGUUGAUGCCGAGGGCGAAAUUCGUGGCAUGUUUAAGCGUCAUUCGCACCUUGAUAACUUCUGGAUCAUGGGUGGAUUUACCCAACAGCACCGGUGGUACUCGCGCACCUUGGCCCAGCAGAUCAAGGCGGCCCUGGAAGGCGUGUUGCCGCCAGCUUAUCGAGACACACCGCAGCGAAGUCGUGAGUAGUCUCGAAAGCAGAUAGCUCUUUGCUUUCUGGAUACUUUUAAGGACGCAAGAUGAGGCUUGUACACAAUUUACGAAAUGGUGAACGGGAUGGAGGAGGGAGAAGAUUGGGAGGCCGGUGUCAGCGCCCGUCAGGUGGCCGAGUGCCAGCCUCAGCAA